AUGAAGAAACAAACCUGCACCCUACCACCAACUAAAAGCUCCGGCGACCCAUUAGCACCGCCACCACCAUCGACUCCACCUGCACCUGUCAUCAUGCCACCCAGAUUUCUUCGCGGUAGAGGCAAAGGACCCGUGUCAGGACAUGAUCACGAGGCCGGGCCGUCGCAUCGACGUACUCCUUCCAUCACCAUGAGCACCAGCCCGCAAGAGCCAUGGAGGCUCUAUGUCGAACCCGGAAGGCGGUCAGUAUCCCUUAGCUCCUCUCCUUCGUACCAACACUCAUUUGGGCCCCAUUCAGAAAACGAGCCCAACAACCAGCCGCCAGCUUUCAUACCUUUACAGAGAUCCAACUCUCAUCAUUCUUUUGGCGACCCAACACCCGUUUUCCAAAGCCGAUUUAACCCGGCUAACCUUCUGCCAGAACCCGUGGGUUUUAACCCACUUGGACCGGAAGACCACUUUUCAGGGGAAAACGACAUGGAUGAGGAUACUGACCCCGUGGAGCCUGCAUCAGGAACGCCGAAUCAUCCCAUUGAGAUCUCAGAUGGGUCAUCAUUCCAUGGAUCGCCAUACCGCGGACCGGACAGUUUUAUGGAGAAAUUCAAUCAGUAUGAUUGCCACUAUCCGCCACUUCAGGAGGAAGAGGACCCAUAUAAUGGUGGUCCGUCAAGCCCUAUACCAGAUGUUAACUCAGUACCUGUGGUACCACCUUUGGGUUUCGAUAACCUGAUUCCUGCGUAUGCUGGGUCAGCGGCAUACAACCCAUUCGAGCAGCCAACGCACACCCACUACAACUACAACUACGGUUAUGCGGAGGUAGAUCCGUACCAAGUAGCUCGGGAUUACAAUGCCCUUCAUCCUGAAGGACCAUAUGGAGGGCCAUGGACUACUGGUUACCCGACUUAUGGGUACCAUCAGCCACCUCCUCCACCGGUGUAUCAGCCGCCACAGCCACAGAUUCAGCAGGAAGUCCUUGAGAGGCUAAACCAAGUUGAACAAGAAGUUCGUGAAGACCGCAGAGAGCGGCAAGGUUUCUUCAAAGGACUGUCAGACUUGCUUAAGGGGAAGUCGAAGAGGAGGGGUCAUUGA